AUGCAUGCACCUGUAGCAGCGCCUGGGUCCUUUGGAUACACCGAACAGAAGGCGCAGACUUACCUUGGGGAGAUCUUCUGGAAGUCUGUGCCUCCACAGCACCAGGAGGACAGCGCUCUCUGGGAAACAGACGCUGGGCAGGAUGCAGAAGCGCCAAUCGAGCUCCUGUCCAUGAACCAUGCUGCACUGGGCGUGCAAGAUGUCGAAUCCAUGACAAAGUUUUACACCAGGGUGCUUGGCAUGAAGCAACUGCCACGGCCCCCCUUCCCUUUCGCUGGCGCUUGGCUUCAAGGCGGCGGCCUUACCCUUCACCUCAUUGAUGAUGAUCCCACCAUCCCCAGGAAGGAUGUCAGAAAUUGGAAGGAGAUGUAUGAUGCAGACCAUCCAGAGCCUUGGUACAUCCGCAGAGCUUUUGCUGUGGCAAGCUUGGAGCAGGCUGAGCUGCGCUUGAAGCACUUCAACAUAGAGUUCCACAAAUUCCUUGUGCCAGGGACGAAUGCCAGCCAGAUUUUCCUCUAUGAUCCUGAAGGGAAUGGCAUUGAGCUUGGGGAGCACUAUGAUGACAUUGCAGCGUCACUGAAGGGGAAGAGCUCUUAA